AUGAAUUCUAUUAAUCAAAAUGUAUAUCGAGAACCAUUACCUACAAUUAAAGAUUGGCUUACAAGCAAAAUAAACAAUCCGAAAGAAAAAAUUAAAAAUUAUUUUCUUUCAUUAUUUCCUUUUCUAACUUGGAUCUAUCGAUACAAUUUAGUUUGGUUUUGGAGUGAUGUCAUUGCUGGUCUUACAGUCGGUGCUGUUGUUAUACCACAAGGUAUGGCUUAUGCAGGAUUAGCUAAAUUAGCACCACAAUUUGGAUUAUAUAGUUCAUUUGUUGGUGUCAUGAUCUAUUGGUUUUUCGCAACGAGUAAAGAUGUUACUAUCGGACCUGUAGCUGUAAUGUCAAUAUUAACAGGAACUAUUCUGGAUGAUGUUCAUAAAAUUCAUCCUCAAUAUGAAUUACAUAUAAUUGCUUCUGCUCUUGCUAUUAUUAUUGGAUGUAUUGUUUGUGCAUUUGGAAUAUUUCGUAUUGGUUUUCUUGUUAAUUUUAUACCAUUACCAGCAUUAGCUGCAUUUACAACUGGAUCAGCAUUAAAUAUAGGUAUGGGACAAAUUCCAACAUUAAUGGGUAAUAAUAAAUCCUUCGAUACACGUCAAUCAACUUUUCUUGUCUUCAUUAAUUUUUGGAAGCAUAUUACAUAUUGUAAUUUAAAUGCUGUUCUUGGUUUAACAGCAUUAACUCUUCUUUAUAUUAUUCGUUAUGCUUGCACUCGAUGUAUGCGCCUUUAUCCGCAGCGUGAAAAAGUUUUCUUCUUUAUCAAUACACUUCGUACAGUAUUUGUUAUUCUUAUCUAUUUAUUGAUUUCAUGGUUAAUUAAUCGAAAUGUUCCGUCUAAUCCACACACAGCUAUUCUUGGUAAUAUUCCUCGAGGCUUUCAAAAUAUAGCUGUAACAUAUAUUGAUCGACAAUUAUUUUCUGUAUUAUUACCGUAUGUACCAUCGGCUGUUGUUGUUCUCGUUAUUGAACAUAUUGCUAUUGCUAAAUCAUUUGGUCGAAUUAAUAAUUAUAUUAUUAAUCCUGAUCAAGAACUCAUUGCAAUUGGUAUAACAAAUGUUUUGGGUUCAUUUUUUGGUGCUUAUCCAGCAACUGGUUCAUUUUCUCGAACAGCAAUUAAAUCUAAAGCCGGUGUUCGCACACCAUUAGCUGGUCUUAUUACCGGUAUUCUUAUAAUUCUAGCUAUUUAUAUUUUAACACCAAUCUUCUUUUGGAUUUCACAAGCUAGUUUAGCUGCCGUUAUUAUUCAUGCUAUUGGCGAUUUAAUCGUUGGACCCGGUACAUUAAAACAAUUUUGGGAAAUUAGUCCAAUUGAAUUUCUUAUUUUUUGGAUUGGUAUUAUUGUGACCAUAUUUACAAACAUUGAAAAUGGUAUAUAUGUAAGUAUUAUAGCAUCAGCUGUUCUUUUACUCUAUCGUAUUGCUAAAGCGCAAGGAAAAUUUCUUGGUCGAAUACAAAUGCAUCAACUUAAAUUCGUAUCGGAUAAUAAUGUUCAUUCAACUAAACGAAAUAUUUAUGUUUCAUUUGAUCAUUGCGAAGGAACAAAUCCAUUGAUUAAUCCAAGUUUACGUAAAAAUGGAAUAUUUAUUUUUCGUUUCUAUGAAAAUUUUCUAUAUCCAAAUGCUUCGAAUUAUAUGGAAAAAAUGGUCGAACAGAUAUUUAAUGAGACUAAAAGUGGAAAAACUAUUCCUUAUAGAAAUCUUGGUGAACAACCUUGGAAUUUACAAACAAGUCGUCAUCCAGAAAAAGAAUAUCAUCCAAAUGAACAUCGUCCUCGAUUACAUGCACUUAUUCUAGAUUGUACCGGUGUUUCAGAUAUAGAUAUAACUGCUUUACAAAAUCUUGUUGAUGUUCGUCGACAAUUAGAUAAUUAUGCUGAUUGGAAAGUUAAUUGGCAUUUUGUGGGUUUGUCAAAUCCAUGGGUUAAACGUGCACUUAUUUCACGUGGUUUUGGAUCUACAGAUUAUGAUCGGACAGUUUUUGCAAUAGCAAAUACUGAUAAAAAUCUUAAUCAUGAAGAUGAUAGUGAUGAUGAUCAUGAAAGAAAUAAUGUACAAAUAGAAGAUUAUUCAUCUAUUGAUCUUUCAUCGAAUACGAAUGCGGCGUUAUUACCAAUACUUGAUACUGAUAUGGCGUUAUUUCAUGUUGAUAUUGACGAAGCGUAUGCAGCAGCUAUUGCCAGUCUACCCCUACGUCAAGAAAUAGAUACUUCAAUUGCAACAGCGCCUUAA